AUACGCAAGAAAAAUCAAAACAACAGCUGCUGUGUGAUUCAGUUCAACAGCAAGUGAAAGCAGCUCGUCGUGACAUCCGCGGCGGACAUUGGAAACCAUGUAGUGUUUGUGCGCUCAGUGACUGGUGUUGAAGUGCGAGGCAACAAAAAUAAUAAAUAAUACGACGAUACGGCGCUAGGCUGCCGACACCUAGGCGCACUAUAUUUCGGGAAAAAAAAGAUUACUCAAAAGUGGAAAAGAAGAGCAUUCAACCCGCAUGCUGUCUCUGUCCGUCUAGUACAGCUGGCCGUUAAAUGGUAUCGGACCGUCUGACUCAUUGGUUGAUAGUAGACCAAUAAAACGCUAACGUUCGUUUUCUAAACGAUGAGUGCAACUACUAGUGACGAGGCGCCUAAGAUGUCUAGACUGCUGAAAUUAGCCCAAAAGUUUAAUUGUUUUUACUUGAAUGGACUUGCUAAAGGAGAUUGUCGACCGUUUGUUGUGAAUGGGCAACAGGUCGGACUUAUUAGCCAAAAUGUAUUGGAACAUUUACUUAAAUACCCGGAGGUUUUCUUCAUACGAGACGCUGAACAAGGAAAUCAGAACAUCGUGGAGCUAAAUCCAGCAUUCCGGGACUACUCGGAACGCUCGGAACAGGUGGACCGAGUGUUGAGGGAAUUUCGUACUCAGGGCGUUUUUGUGGCACUCAAAGGAUGGCGCAACGAGUGCUACGACGUGAAAAGCACAACCGAGUCGUUGCUCAAGAUGGAACGUUCGGCCACGUGUAUGUUUGGUGUGCGCAAUUAUGGUGUUGAAAUCAACGGAUACGUGCGACACCCCGCCAAGGGGCUCUGCAUCUGGCUUCAGCAACGUUCCGACACCAAGCAAACAUGGCCCGGCAAGUGGGAUAAUAUGGUUAGCGGAGGACUGUCGGUUGGGUAUGGAAUACACGAGACAGCGGUAAAGGAAGCCGCCGAGGAGGCAUCGAUACCGUCGCAUUUAAUUAAAAAUCUCGUCUCGGCCGGGUGCGUCUCGUUUUUCUUCGAAAGUGAGCGGGGAUUGUUCCCCAACACGGAGUUCGUGUUCGAUCUGGAACUGCCCGAAGACUUUCGACCGGAAAACAGUGACGGCGAAGUACAAAACUUCCAGCUGCUUCCGGUGAAGGAAUGUUUGGAGCGAGUGUUUGCUCCAGACUUUAAGACUACGAGCUGUCCGGUAGUGCUCGAUUUCAUGAUACGGCAUGGUAUUAUUACACCAGAGAAUGAGCCCAACUUUACUCAGAUUGUGGAACUGCUCCAUGUACCGUUACAAUCGCUCUAUACAUACAGGUCAACGAAACCGCGUUGUCUUAACAGUAGCAAUAGCAUUACAAACGGCGGAAUUUGAAUUAAUUACUCGUCACUAUUUAUUGAUUAUUCGCCAAAAGCAUAAACGAUCCUAAUUAUAUAUAUAUAUAUUUCAAACUAAGGCAGGGUUUUACGAAGCAAAAUCAUUGCAGAUAGGCUAUUUAAAUUGAAAAAUUCUACACUGCUAUAACGACGUUCACGUUAAACUGUUUUAAAAUCAAUUUACUCAAUCAAUUGUGAAUGCAAAACAGCGAAAUUCCUUGGGUUUUACAAUCUUACAGUUUUACGAUUACAAUCUAUAUAUAUUAGUUAGCCUUCCUUUGACGUAUAACCAAUCCACAAUGUACGUAUUUGAAAUUCUAUCUAGAUUUAAAAUAGGUGAAUGACUUGACUGUCUGUAAUAUCAAUACAUAAUAUUUAAAAAAAAACCAUUAAAGGCUAUUUAGACAAUUUAGAACAGUUCAAAAUUCUUGAGUAUUUUUGGCUACGUGAGCCUACUGUUAGCUUUACACCACCACCCUCUACUACUACUCUGUCACAUAAGAUAUGCUUUUGUGGAUGAAGUGCAUCACUCGAGUUAAGUAGGUCACACAACUGUAACAUUUAAGCAUGUAAACCUCGAUCGUUUUCUAUGUUCCCCUUAAUGUUAAGUGGCAGGAAAUUCAUAUUUAUUUAUUUAUGAGAAUCAUUUUCCUUCGUAAUCAAUACGAGAUUGUAGAUGUUUUUAUUUUCUUAAAGCUUUUUUUAUUUUCUUUAUCCUCACGCGAACGUUAUAGUUUAAGAAUUACAUGUUUUUCUUUGUGUACACUUCAAAGUUGCCCUUCGGAAGAAAUGGCACAAAUGCGGCUAAUAAAAAGGUAUUACUUCACACGCGGCCAACUCGUUUACAUGAAUAUAUCGGGUUUAUUUUGUAAUGUUUUUAUUGUCCGUAAAUAAAUAUAUUUUCCGAAUUCAA